GCAGCACAGCAAGUUGAACCUCGAGGAACCUGAGGCAGCGGCAGUGUUGGACUGUCCCCAGAACUGCAAACCCACCUUCAUGCAGGGCCUCAAGUGUAGCAUGGUGGCACAGUCACCUGCGUGAUCUUCAACCCACUGGGCACAGUCAGCACCUCAGCUGCACUUCAUGUGAGGCGGCGGAUGCCAGCCUAUGAGGCCAUUAAGGAGAGGGAGAAAGAGGAAGAGAAGAAAGAGGAGGAGGAAAAAGAAAAAGAAGAAGAGGAGGAGGAAAAAGAAGAGGAAGAAGAGGAGGAGAAGGAGAAAGAAGGGGAGAAAGAGAAUGAGGAGGAGGAAGAACAAGAAGAGGAGGAAGUCAGCCUGGCUUUUGCAGUGGAGCAGGGAUUGCCAAAUACCAUUCCAGACUCAGACCUACUGUCACUGCCUGUGGAAAUCAAAAUCACUGCCCCCACUCCAACACCAGAGCAAGACACAGACACGAGGGAGACCACACAGCCCUCUCCAAAUCAGGCUGCACCUGCCAUAAAGCACAAGUUCAAGUUUUCAUUUGAUGUGGGAAAUGAGCCACCCCAAAUUGUGGCAGAAGCCCCAGCACACAUCCAUUGCUACGAAGGGGAGGCAGUUGUGCUGGAGUGUACUGUGUCUGGGCAGCCUCCACCUGCUGUGGCCUGGUCCCAGAACAGCCAGCAUCUCUCUGCAAGUGAGAGGUUUAUGUUUGAGGAGGGUGACAACGGCACUCAUCGCUUACACAUCCGAGGGGUCUCUGUCUCAGAUGCUGGGCUGUAUUGUUGUGUAGCCAAGAAUGUGGCUGGAACAGCCCAGACUGUCUCUGAGCUGACAGUGCAGCCUAGUGCACACAAGUUGUAUAGCAAGAAUGGAGGUACUGAGGAACUGCCUGGCAUGAACCAUACCCUGCAACUCCAAGGCCUCAACAAACUUGGGAAGGAGGAAGAGGAACAAAUCACAUGCUCUAAGGAGGAAGAAUCCCAUCUGCUCUGGCCCUUGCAGUGGUCUCCAUCUUCUCGUGAACAGGUGGAAAAGGAUUUCAGGGAAAGUAAGAUGGAGGAAACAGUGGUGCUGGAUAUCAUGGAGGUUUGUUCGAGGCAGGAAAUGGGUUAUACAGAAGAGUGUGUGAGGGAUACAGAUGAUAUUUCUAAGAUGAGGCAGCAUAGGGGAAAAGCAGUCUCUGAGGAACAUGGCUUUGGAAUUGAUGCCACUGUCCUGCACCCAAGUAUGUCCAGGGAAGAGCAUGAACUUGUGGCCAAGGAUUCAGGUCACUUUUCAGAGGAGCUGGAGGUUGAAGGAGACAAGCUGGCACAACAUACAGACAGUCUGUCCUGGGAAUUCUUGAAGUCACCAUUUAUAGAAGUGAAAGGGCAAAUGCCUGCCUCUGAGCAGUCUGCUCUGACAAGUGAGUGUGAGGAUCCACAGUUUUUCAUUCCUGUAUCACCACUGGUGCAAGAGGAGAGUGACAGCUACUUGGAGGAGAGCAAUGCACCUGCCUGGGAGGCAAUACCUUCUGAUGGAUCUCCUGUAGAUGCGCCAAGUGUGCCCAACCUACAGGACAAUAUUUCAAGCACACCCACAAAAGAGCCAUUAGGCUUUUAUAACUUCUGUGCAGAAGAGCAGCAGGAGGAAAAGGCUAAGCAGCAGGAGAGAUCAGUAGAUAUUGAACAGAACAUUGAGGUUGAUGACCGUCUUCAUAAAGAAGAAAUGAUUGGUGUUGGGGAUGCUGCACACUGGGAAAUAUACAAUGAUAGACAAGUGCUGCAGGAAACAGAGCCUGACACAGGCAACUACUCUUUGGAUCUAAUUCUUACUCCUCCUGGCAUAGAAAACACUGGUCAGGAUUUUACUGAGGAAGCUGAAGUUCAACCAGAAACUCAUUUCAAAGAGCAAUUACUGUCAUCUGAGACCAAUGAUACCAGUACCAUAUUUGAUUUGAAGAAGUUUGUGGAGCCUUUGCCAGAUAAAGAAUCUGUGGACACAGAACAGGCACAACCCCCUGCAGGUUUGGAGAGUGUGCAGCUGGGAGAAACUGGGCCCAUCUCUCCUGUGCACAAACAUGAAGUGCUUGUGGAAGAGAUUUCUCUAAGUGAGGAGCUGUGUCAGAGCUAUAGGAUGCAGCAGGAGGAGGUCAGUGCCCAGGAAGAAGAGCAGCCAACAGAAAUUAGGCAGCCUCAUUUGCGAAUCCCCAGUGGGAACCUUGGCAGCAUUGCAGUAUUUGCUGAAGAGAGGACUUCUGCUGAAGAAAUUAAUGAGUCAGAGGCAAAUGUCUGUGAAGAGGAUUCACUUGAGGGACAAAAUCAUAGUUUUCUGGUGCAGCCCACAACAGGGUUCCAAAGGACAGUACAGAAAACACAUGUGAGAGAGACUGGGGAGAGGCUGGAGUCAACAGACACUCAGACUGACAGCUUCAUCAGUGACUUGAAAAAAGCUGCACUUGAGAGGAAACCCCAACCUGGGCAUAAAAUAGAUGAGGAAGAUGGCUCUGGGGUAGAAAAGAUCUUUGAGAAAGUAGUCAGCAGUUCCAAUUGUGAAAUAGAAAGCGCAAGUUACCCUGAGGAAACAGUCAGAGACAUCCAUCUAGAACCAAACACAACUAAGGGUUUCUCAUUUGGGCAACUCCAACUUGGUUCAAUAAUGGAUGAUUCUGUGUCACGGAAGGAGCAAAGGAAGGAGUGUGGGGACAAGAAGAGGACUCCAACUAAGAAAACCUCUGAGAACAGCUUGGAUGGUGAAGGACUAUGGGAAGAUGUUUCUGCAGGUCCAGAGCCCAGUGCUGUUCAAGCCAUAGAGUUGCAGCCUGACUUCUCCCUGGCCAAGUAUUUAAGGUCAGCAGGGAUGCAGGAAGUGCCAGAUGUCAAAGGCACAGCUCAAAAGAAACAGCGAGAAACCAUCACUUCCCUGGAAGUAGAGGAGGUUACCUUCAGCAUGGUUUAUGACUAUUACAACAACCAGCAGGAGCAGGCCCGGCCCUUCUCUCCUGAGUCAGAAAUGUCCAUAGAGCUAGAGAGUGGGAACGGAGAGGAGUCACCUGAUUCAGACCACUUCUACACACCUCCCUCUUCAGUGGAGAUCUUCGAAACUGCUUCAUCAGCAUCCUACCACACACCACUCAGCACACCUGAGCGCUACUCCACUCCAUCUGAGGGCUCAGAGUAUGGCACACCACCCGAGCAGUACUCUACACCAUCUGAGGGAUCAGAGUACAGCAUGCCACCUGAGCACUACUCCACACCAUCUGAGGGAUCAGAGUACAGCACACCACCUGAGCGCUACUCCACACCCUCUGAGGGUUCAAAGUGCAACACACCCUCUGAGCGCUACUUCACACCCUUCGAGGGACCCAGCUCUGCGUUAGGGGACAGAACACCACCAGAGCAUUACCGGACACCCACUGGAGAGUAUAUGGAUGCCCUGGCAAUGUUUACUCCCUGUGAGGAAAGCUGUCAGACUCCAGACCACUCAUGGGCUGAGGUGUUUAGGACCCCCCGUGAAGCCCUAGAGCCAUCAGGCAAUGAGAUGCCACCUGCAUUCCUCAAGGCAUUGAGCAGGAGGAGGCUGUACAAGGGCAGCACGCUUAGUUUUGUGGCUGAGGUGGUGGGUGUGCCUGAGCCAGGGGUGAAGUGGUAUCAUAAUAAAUCUCUUCUGGAGAUGGAUAAGAGAGUGCGGAUAGAGAAGGAUGGGAACAAGUGCAUUCUGGAGAUCAUGAACAUCCAGAAAGACAAUGAAGGACAGUAUCUGUGCCAUGCAGUGAACAUUGUUGGGGAAGCUAAAAGCAUUGCCCAGGUGGAAGUUUUGUCUGAAGAUGGGCGAUCACUAGCACUGCCACCCCCUGUCACUCACCAGCAUGUUAUACACUUUGACCUGGACCAAAACACAUCCUCACGGUCACCUUCACCACAGGAAAUCCUUCUGGAGGUGGAGCUGGAUGAAAAUGAGGUGAAGGAGUUUGAGAAGCAGGUCAAAAUCAUAACUAAUCCUGAGUUUAGCCCAGAUAAGAAGAGCAUGGUGGUUUCCCUGGAUGUUCUUCCACUUGCCCUGUUGGAGCAAGUUUCAGGCUUGGCUUCAGAGGAGAGUGAGGAUGUGAAAAUUGAUUUCCAAGUGACAGAAAUGCCUCCCCGCUUUGUUGUGCCCUUUGCAGAUGUGGAAGUUACAGAAGGUUCGGAGGUAGUCUUUGAGUGUGUGGUUACUGGUACUCCUGUCCCAGUAGUGCAGUGGUUUAAAGGUGACACCUGUGUGACAACCACCUCAGGGAAGUAUGUUGUAAGUCAGAAAGAGGGACUUCACAGUUUGAAGGUCCUUAAUGUAGAUUCUUCUGAUGGUGGCUCGUAUCACUGCCAAGCGAUCAAUAGGCUGGGAGAAGCAAUGUGUAAAGGCUCCCUCAUAGUCAGAGCUCAGCAGGGAGCAAGUGCUAAGUUAAGCAGUGAGGCAGACAUGAGCAGUGAAACAGAGAGGCCCCAGAAGUGUGAUUUGCUUAUGAGUAAGACUGUGUCCCCAGGAAACUGGUCAGAAGUAGAGCUGGAAUUUAAACCACACAUGGAGAACUCUGAGAGAGCAAUACAGCUGCUUGCAGUGACUGAACAGGAGCAAGAGGUGGAAGGGCAGAAACGUGUCGAUACUAGUUUUGAUGUGUUUGGAGAGACAUCCCAAGAAGAACAGAUUGAUUUUAAAGCAGAGGACUCAGAGAGCUGCAGUUUUGAGUUCCAGGCCACAGAAACCCCUCCCAAAUUUCUGAGGCUCAUUUCUGACUACAGUACAUUUGUAGGUGCCUCAGUUUGUUUCCAGUGUCUUGUGACUGGUUCCCCUUACCCAAGUGUUCAUUGGUACAAGGAUGAGAUAUUGCUGGAAGGAGACAGGUACUAUGUGCAGGAAGAGCAGGGGGGUUCUCAUAGCCUUACUAUUGAAAAUUUGAUGCAAAGUGACAGUGGGAAGUACAAGUGUAUAGCUAUUAACAGGGCAGGAACUGCUGAGACUUGUGCAGUGUUAACACUAUACUAAAUGUCCGUAACUUAGAGUCUAUUCUGAAACACGAAAUGUUGUACACUGUUGUUCGCUACAGGUAAAAAUGCAACAAUCAUUUUAGGGGCAUUGAUUUUUGUCUCUUUAGGGGUGAAAUUCACUCCACAUGGGCAUGUUUCUAUCUCACUUAAAUUUACUUUCACUGGGGAAUUUAAGUGAGAUUUAUGGUGUGCAUAAGUUUUACACACACUUUCUGUACUGAGGUGCAUUUCAGAUUCCUCCCAAGCUCCUUACUCAUUCUUGUAAAGAUAUUUUAAUUGACAUUCAUAUAUAUAGGAAUCAUUUGUAUAGUGUACAUACCCCUGUGUGUCUGUAGCCAUGCAAUUAUUAUUUUACGUAGGCUAGAAAUCACCUAAAAAUGCUGGAUUUACUUUUAUCUUGUAAUCUAACAGUAUAGAAUACUGACUUAGGCUUACUUUUUAGUUUGGACAUAAUUCCAUGAAAUAACUCCUUAAACUGGUAUUUCCCCUUCUCACAAUGUUGUGUCAGAAAAUGUGAGUCUCUCUGAUUCAAAUCCUGUGUCUACAGUUUCUGUCAUUGCAAAACUCUUAUAUCCAUUUGUCUCACUCUGUUGACUCAUGGAAUCCUAUGAUUUUUUAUUUAUUUUUUUAAUUCAGUCAAAGAAAUUAUUCUGUUGCAAAGAAAAGUGAUACAAUGGGAAGAGAAUAAAAGUUUUGCUUUAGUAGAGACUGGACAGGAUUUUUACUCUAUUACCAAGUAAUAAACAUAAAAAUCUAUUUUGUACUGUAUCUUUAAAAGUUAAAGAGAAAGGAGAGGGAGCUUAAUAAAUCCAUGAUGUAACUGUAAAUUCAUUAAUAUAAUUUUUUUGGCCCCAUAUGCCAGUGUCAUUCAUAGGAAAUACAUAGUAGUAAAAAAUAAAUAAAUAAUUUAAAAAAAUGCAGUAUUCUUGUUUCACAUUAGAACUAAAUCUCUACAAAUUCUUUUUUUUCCAUUUCUUUUUUUUUUUUUUUAUUAGUAAAAGUUAUGUGUGCUGUUUCAAUAUGACCAGAAGUAAAUAGAAUACAUUCAAUUGUUACCUGUGGCAUUUUCUCAGCAUAAAACAUUUUUACAUUAAUGUUCUUGGUGUGAGGAUAUAAUUUUGUAUUUAAAAAUAAUAUUUAGGAGGAGGAAUCAGCUGUAGCUGACAUAAUUAAAUCAAAGCUAAAUUAAUCUGUCUUACAUAAACAAUGAUAAUUUGAUUAAGCAUGUUAAAAGUAUAAGUUAUUAAUAUUUAUCAGAAGUUAAAUAACUGUAAUGCAUGUGCCAGCUUUCCAGUUGCAAAUGUUCCAAAGUGAAACCCUAAACAACCCUUAGCAAAAAUUACUUUUACUUUAAUUAUUUGUUUAUGAUGUUCACCACAUUAUUUACAAAUUGCUAUCUGUUGCCUUGCAAACUUCUUUAAGGAGAAUGGUGAUUUUAAGUGUGAGGGAACUAUUACUACAGUACAGCCAGCUAUGUUCAUGCAUGUUCUUGUUUCUGAGUUUGACAUAUCCUCACAAUGAGGUCAGUAUGCCUCAAAAACUCGAUCUUUUAAGAUAAUCUCAUCACUUACUUUGAAUAGUCAUUUUUGUUCAAAAGAUACACAUUCCCCAAUUCUGCUGCCCAGUAUAAACUCAAAUUGUAGGAGAGGCAACUUCUAGUGACCCAGUAUGUGGGCAAAAUGACUGGAGUGGUUAGGUUAAUGCCAUUAUGUCACUUUGGUUUCUUCCCAGUCAUGACCCCAUAAAGAAUAUUUAAGUAUAUUGUUAAUAGGUGGAGAAAAUUUUAAUUUUUUUUAGGUAACAGUGGUAGGAAAGAGAAGUGGGAGUGUCUGACCCAACAUUGUGAUGGGAGUUAAUUGCUUCUUCAUCUGUCCUUAUCCAUUCCUUGUGCAGAUGUGUAACACUAACUGAUUCAUUAGGCAGCAGAGGUCCCUAGGGAAGUUGAAAAGAAUCGUUCUAUGCUAUGCAUUAGCUGUGACAUGAGUCUUUUAGGUACAAAGUCAAUGAGGCCAGAAAGCCUUUGGUUCGGCCCUAAGCAGUUAUGACCUGGGUUUAAUUUGCACAUAAAUUAACUGAUUUUUUUUAGUAGAAAUAUGUCUACUUCAAAGCCUUGUAUCCAAACAGGUCCAAGUUCAUAAUCACACCUGAAAUAUAUGGCCAGGCAUAUUUAUCUAUAUCUGUGCAGCAGUGUUUGUGUUUUUCUGUAAGCUUAAAAGUCUGAUUUUAAGUUUCAUACGUUAGCCAGGAGCACUAUGUUGUGCGUGUAAAGAUAGAAAGCCUUACCUAAGAUACAACAGUAUAAAUCUGGAAUAAUUCUAGUUUAAAUAAACUUCCUCUGGGGCAACUGGUAUAGCGUUAAGCCAUGUUUGAUCAUCUCCCUUCAAAAUGUUUUGCUUUCAAAGGAAUUUAAAAUAUCACAAUUUUAUUCUCAGGUUUAAUGUCUUCAAUUUUACAAGUCAUGUAUCUUUAAAAAAAAAAAAAAGGUGAAUUAUGUUUGUCACCAAUGUGUACAUGUUAGCAUGUAUGGAUAAUUUGUGAAAUAAAUAUGUAAAAUAUUUAAGUCCA